GUGUGUGAUGAAAAAUAAAAAUGAUACAUUUAGAUUAGGAAUUAUAUACCUUUCUCAUUAAAUCGUUCGUGUUUCAUUUAAAAUAUUACACCUUUGUAAACCCGAAAGAUUAUUAGUAAUUUUUCUCAGUGAUUGCUCUAGCUGAGAUUCCCUAAUUGUAGUUUAGUGGUCUUAGUUACAUGACGCGCCGCUAAGGCCAUGCGUGCUUUGCUUACACUGCACCAAGGAAGAUAUAAAAUUCUUGCACUGCACUUACAUUCCGUCUCAUUCUCUGCCUAGCUCCCAGACGUGAUGGUGUAUGUGCGGAGGCCAGACUAUGAAGCCGAGCUGGUGCCUAAAGUGACCCUUGGACGGCCCUCGCCCCCGCCUUGUUCCCGCCUUCAUGUGGACGCCGCCGCCUGCACACCCCAGCUGAGGCCUACGGCAGGAUACGACCACUGUCCUCCUACGAGCAGUACCUCCUGUACGGCGCCUCACCUCACCGUAGCCACCGUAGGGGGCAGCCCCUUCAUUGAGCCGCUGGGCCAGCCAAACAAGAAUACCACCGGACAAGAGGAAAGACCGGACUAUCUGCCGCCCCACAUUAACUGCAGCCAACCUCAAGCCUUCUCCGGGUUCCUCGUGGACAUGCUCAAGGUCAUCAGCAAACAGAUGAAUUUCACUUUUGAGUUGUAUGAAGUGUGCGACAAGGCGUACGGCAGGGUGGAAGACGGGCGGUGGACGGGCGUAGUCGGUGAGGUGGUGAGGGGACACGCGCAUCUAGGACUGGCCAACCUCGGCGCCAACUACGGACGCAGCCACGCCAUCGCCUUCCCCAGGAUCUCCACCAGCUACGGCGGCGCGGGUAUCAUUGUGCGGCGUCCCGAAAGUACCGCCAAGGACAGACUGACGGUAUACAUGCUCCCUUUCUCCCCCGGGGUUUGGGCUUUCCUUCUCGUGUCCAUCCCUAUUGCCUCCCUCACAAUGUACCUCGCCACAAUUCCCCGCCGCCGCCUCCACCGCAAUCUCCUCAGUCUGCUGUCGGCCUGGAGAGGACCUGAUGGUGUGAGGAAGCCUUCACUGGUGCCAUCCUCCCCCGUCAAGAUCUUCGUCACCAGUGCGAGUGAGAAUGCAAACCGCACCCGCCUGUGGGACGUGGGCGCGAGCUGGUCCGCACUUAUGUUGAGAGGGAAGGGAGGAGAGAAAAGUGAAGCAAAAGAAGAAGAGGAAGAUGAGCCUCGCUCCUUCCUAGACGGUCUCUGGUUUGCAUUCACUGUCCUCAUGCAGCAAGGACAGGAGGUGAUGCCCAGCAGUGGCGUGGCCAGGGCGGUGUUCGGGGUGGUGUGGGUGUCGUCUGUCAUCCUGUACGCCGCCUAUACCUCCAACCUUGUCUCCCACUUCACCGUCACCAGAUUGUCCCUCCCUGUCAACAAUCUGGAGGAGCUGGUGAACAGUGACUACAAGUUUGGCACCAGGCCGGGCUCAGUGUACAUCGAUAACUUCAAGGCUUCAGACUCCGGCGUAUACCAGGCAGCCUCCCACAAGCUACAGUCCUUUGGCACCUCCGUUCUCAUGCCUACGUACGAGGAUGCCAUACGAAGGACGCUUCAGGGAUCUUACGCCUUCAUCGGGGACUCCGUUGUACUGGACUAUUAUCAGCGGAAGGACUGUGAUCUGGUGCUGCUCAAACAGAGACUCUUCCCAACCAUGAGCUCCAUCGCCUUGCCUCACGGCUCCCCGCUCCUCCCCGCCUUCAACUACUACUUGUCCCUGAUGAGCGAGAGUGGUAUACUGGAGAAGCUGCGGCAGAAGUGGUGGAGUGCCCAGCCGUGCCCCUCCUCCGCCACCCUCACCGCCUACCACAGCAUUAGCAUGAUGGAGGUGUUCUCCGCCCUCGUGGUGAUGGGCGCGGGGCUGAUUGUGGCUCUCAUGGUGUGCUGCCUCGAGUGUGCACGUCCACCACACCCGUGAUUACGUUUCUUGCCACCCUUCACCACUACCACCACUACUCUCGCCAUGGCUAUUGGCUAGCCGUCAAUUACAUCAUCAUCGACUAGGUUCUUUUUUAUUUUUUUUUUUUUAUUUCUGCGUGUGAAUAGCGCUGACGAUAUUUUUAUUUCCCAAGUUUAUCUAGCCUUCAGUGCCUCUCCCGGUGCGUCAAUACAUGUACCAUUAUAAAUCAAUAACCACCCACCGCAUGUAAAGUUAUAAUGGAAGUAGGUACCACUGUCACAACCAGUACAUUUACGUACAGUCACGUCUGCCUCACUUUGCCGGACGAGAUUAUUAUUAUUAUUAUUUUUUUCCUGUCAGUUCAACAUUACAUUCCAUUGUUAUGUACGUCGUUACUGUUACAUUGUGUAUCCAACCUAACACAACUGGUAGUCUGCCACGUGCAACCUCUUACCAGAGUCUAAAGGUAACAAGGGACGGUAAUGAUGUAUAUAGCAGUUAAGUAUACAUUAUUACUUACUAUAAAAUUAUAAGAUGAAGGGUGAGAGAUGGAAAUAUGAAAGUAUGUUUCGUACAAAGACUGCCACGUGCAAUAGCCGCUUCUUGCAGCUUUUCAUAUUUUCUUGUGUUAUAGCUUCGUCUGCCUCAGUGAUGGGGUUGUAGUUCUAAUUCAGUGACUCACAACCUUUGUUAACAGUCACACACACCGUUUUACUGUAGAUGUAUGUACGUACUAAUUGAUAGACACUAAGCUCUUCUUUUAAUAUCCCUCACGUUACAUCCCUACCCCUUGUGUAUAACAGUAAAUAUAUACAAAACAUUAUCUUUCUUGUAAAAAUAUAGAAUUAAAUUGGGAAUAAGAUCUCAAGAAUCUCAAAGGCAAGAUAACUUUCCUCCCCCACGUUCCGCUCUCUCCCUUAUUCAUUCUUAAAUAACUCGGAAAGAAAACCGAAGGAAAAACCAACUGAGCAUAAUAAAUCGAAUGAUACAUGUAUGAUCUUAUUAACCUUGUUACCUAGUUGUUAACGAGGGAACAGUGGAAGAGAGGAGGUAGUUACAAUAGCCAGUGGUGUUGUAUAUUCUUUACCGAACCUUAAUACUUGAAAUAAUUGAGAGCAAAUGUGUUUCGCAUGUCUUGAGUAGGAAGAAAGUAGGAAGUAGGAAGUAGGAAGAAAGUAGGAAGAAAGAAUUACAUAUUAGUGUCUGAAAGGAAGAAGGAAUUGCAUAUUAUGUUUGAAAGGAAGAAGGAAGAAUUGCAGAUCAGUGUUUGAAGAAGAAGGAAUUACAUAUGUUUGAAAGGAAGGAGAAGGAAUUACAGAUCAAUGUUUGACCUAUUUUGCCGAAGUGUACCCUGUAGAGUGGCAGAGCUGAAGGAGUCAGGCGAGUAGCUAUACCAUGAAUCCGCACAGUGUAAGGCGUUGAAUUACAAUAAAACUAGAGAGUA